GUCAAUUAAAGAUGAGAUUAGUAGAAGUAGAAGAUGAACAUGAAAGAAGAAGAAGAGAGAUGAUGGAAGAAUUAGGAUUGAAUGAAUUUGUGAACCGUGAUCAAAGAAGAGAAGAAGUAAGAGUGACAAGAACAAGUAAUCAAAUCCCAUCUAGUGAUCAUAGAUCUAGAUCGACUUGUUCACACCUUGCUGCUGGAUUAAGUUCAUCACAUCCAUCACCUAAAAGGUUCAUCAACCCACAAAUCAUUACUCCUAAGAAACCUGUCAAUAAUCUCAUGUCGGGAUUUCAAAGUAUGACUCAUACACCUUUGGUGAUGGGUAAUGUUAAUGAAGUUGAACAUGAUCAUCGAUCACCUUUGGAACAUGAAAGUAGAAAUCUUAAUCCUGCUAUGGGUAUUGAAGUCGGUUCUAUGGUUGGUGAACUUGGUCAUGCUGAAAUCGCAUUACAAGGAAUUGCUGCGAUUCUAAGAUUAGCGAAAUCUCCAUCUUAAAAGAUGAUUCUUUACCAAGAACACUUAGAUAUGUGACAUUCUUUUUUUUUAUGUUUUUUUUACAAUCGGUUUCAUUUUCUUUUAAAACUUGUAUUUGCUUGAACAUCAUGGGAUUGAUCUUGUUUAUUAAAAAGGAAUUCUUGAGAAUAUAUUGAAGUAUGUUUUCUUGAAACGAAAAAAAAAAUUCUAAGUGAUAGUGUUAUUUUGUAUGAUGAUGCAUUUAUAUGUUUAAGUACAGUCGAUUCAAAGAAAGUUGAUAUGGGAAGAUUGAAAUUAAAACUCUGGAUUAGUUUGAUUG